AUGUCGACCGUCCCCUUCAGGGUCAAGGCCCUGUUCGAAUACUCUUCGCCCCACGAUGAUGAUUUGCAAUUCCCCGCCGGCGUCAUCAUCACUGUGACCGAUGAGGAGGAUGCCGAUUGGUAUGGUGGGGAAUACGUCGACGACUCCGGCUUCAAGCACGAAGGCAUCUUCCCUCGCAAUUUCGUCGAGAAGUUCGAGCCCCAGGCCCCGCCUCGCCCGACGAGAACGCGCAAGAAGGAGCCCGAGGUCACAUCUCCCGCCUCCGAGCCGAGCGCGCCAGCUCCCCCUCCCGCUCAGCCAGAGCCCCUGCCCGUCCAGGAACCCGAGGUUCAAGAGGAGCAACCUGCGCCGCCCGUCCCGGCUGCUCUCCCCGCCUCGCCCGAAGCUCCCGCAGCUCCCGAACCCGUGCCCGUGAAGGCACCCGAGCCUGUCCCUGAGCCGACCCCGGCUGCUCCGGCCCCGAAGCCUAGCGAGCCUCCUGCGGCAAAGUCGCCCCCCAUCGCCAAGGCAUCUCCUGCUCCAUCGAAGCCGGGACCGCCCCCGAAGCCUUCCAGCAAUGCAUUCAAGGACCGCAUUGCGGCUUUCAACAAGGCUUCUGCUGCGCCCAUCACACCUUUCAAGCCCAGCGGAUUGGCUGGCGGAACUGGUUUCAUCAAGAAGCCCUUUGUUGCUCCGCCGCCUAGCCGAAACGCAUAUGUCCCGCCUCCCCAGCAGGCCCCAAUUGCAAAGGUCUACCGGAGAGACGAAGACCCCGAGAUACAAGAGCGAGAGGCGGAAAACCAAGAGACUGCCGAGAAGGCGGCACCGGCUGCGGCUGCGACCGAGGAAGGCGAGGAUGCCCCGAAGCCGUUGAGUUUGAAGGAGCGCAUGGCCUUGCUCCAGAAGCAGCAGGUGGAGCAGGCCCAGCGCCACGCAGAUGCCGCCGCAAAGAAGGAGAAGAAGCGGCCCCCGCCCAAGAAGCGUACCGACAGCCAGGAGGCUACUGAGGAAGCCGGAGGAGCUUCGGCUGCGGUGCCCGAGAGCCAGGACGCUGACCAGGCGGCGGCGCGAAGCUCCAUCGACUCUCCUCGUAUGCCACCACCCGCACCCAGGCGCAAGUCCUCCCGAGGCCCUGCUGCCGAUGAUGGAAACGACGCCGAUAUGAGCGGUGCCGGCGAUACCACCGAAGGACAGGAAGACCUCACUGAGAGGGACGACAGCGAUGCGGCGCCGCGCCCCAUCCCCCGACCGCAAGUUGCGUCGCCUACCGAGACACGUCAAGAAGACGCACAGGAGGAGGAAGAAGAGGAAGAGGACGACGUGGACCCCGAGGUCCGCAGGAAGGAGGAGCUUCGUGCGCGAAUGGCCAAGAUGAGCGGCGGCAUGGGCAUGCAUGGCAUGUUCGGAAUCCCAAUGGGUGCACCGGCCCCGCCGAGGAAGAAGAAGGUCGAGAAGCCUGCUGAGGCACCUGCGGAGGAAGAGCGUGAGGAGGCAACGUCUCCUGUUGGACGCGUGCCGGUGCCGGGUAUGAUGGCAUUGCCGGGAAUGGGCGUCCCGAAGAGACAAGAGGAGCCUGUUGAGGCCGAUGAACCCGAGCGCCCUACUUCUUCCAGAGCUCCGCCACCUCCUCCGCGAACGGUCGAAGAGUCACAGGAGGAGGCCGUCACGAGCCCUGCUCCCACAUUGCCCGCUCGCGAACCCGCUGGUGCACCCCCUGUACCGGGGUCCAGACCUGCACCACCUGCAGUGCCGGCUGAGGGCCGACCUCCCACGGCUGGGCUUAAGUCUCCCAGCGAAGGUUCAGUGUCCGAUGACGAACUGUCAGGCGGUGCUCAAGAUACGCCGAGGCCCGAAGAAAGCACACGCGCCCCUCCUCCUCUGCCACCGGUCGCCACAGGUGCCUCCGUCCGAUCGCCGCCUCCUAUCCCAGGUAGCGAGUUCUCGCCAACUUCUCCUACCGGCGCUGCAAACAAGCGCAUGAGCAGACCCCCACCGCCUAUUCCUGGAGCCGCGCCAGCCAUUCCGCCUGCUCAAUCUCGACCGCCGCCUCCUCCUCCUCCAGGAGGGUCACUGAGUCGCCAGUCGACGCAGGACAUGCAUGUCGCGUCACCAAUUUCCCCUCCUAUUCGACCUCCUCAACAGGGCGAAGAGGAAGACGACGAGGUCACGGAGUACGAGGGCGACUACGACACCGACAUUGCCUCGUCGGUCCCGCAUAAGGAUGCCCUCAAGGCUCAUGCGCGAGACUCAAGCAUUGAGGAUAACACAUCCGUCAGAUCGCCCGUGUCUGAUGCUCCACCAUCAAUGCCACCUCCGAUCCCCACCGGUACCGCUCCCCGCGCCGUCCCGCCUCCUAUUCCUUCCCAGCCCCCACCCCCGCCUACCGACAAGCGACGAUCUGUGGAUGUUCCGCGCGGAGCUCCCCCGCCUCCGCCACCUGGGAAAGAGCCGCCCGUUCCUCAGCAGGAUGACGAUGAGUACGACCCAUACAACUAUUCAGCUCCCAGGCUGCCGUACCAACGCACGCCAAAGAUCGAGGAGGAGAGCUAUUUCCAAACCGAGUCGCCGCCUUUGCCUUCUCCUGCGCAGUCAAGAGGUCCCCCGCCGGCGCCCCCUACGGGCCGCGCUCGGCAGUCCUUGGAUGUCUCAAGAGCUUCCAUGUCUCAGCGCCGAUCUAUGGAUGCCUACAGACCCUCAGUCUCCGUCGAAUCUGGCUUUAUUGCUAACGAUGUGGACCUGGCGAAGCAAAGCGGAUGGUGGCGUCAGGAGAAGACUGUACCGCCUGUGUUCCAGGGAAGAAAGGACCUCUACUUUGAGACGGACGAGCAGACUCAGGGCUCUCAGGUCACGCGUACGAUCUAUGUCCUCUUCCAGGAUUACUCGCAGACGACUAUCACGGUUCAAUAUGACCAAAAUAACGCCGCGGAUGUCAUGAUUGACCAAAGACACGACUCGCCUCCUAGAGCCCUUCGCCAGGAUGAGCUGGAGCAGUCUUACGAGCGUUUUGGACGUCCGAUCGCUGACGCGGUCGCCUCUAAGAAGGAGACUGUUGUCGCCGACGGAACACCGCAGGGCCUGGUUCUCGAGCUCCUGAAGCCUUUUAAUGAUGUUCUUGCCCCUAUCGGUACCAGAGCAUACGGCGCUCUUGUCUAUUCCAACAUGGCCAACGCCUCAACGCAACAAAACGACCAAAUCCGUGCCGGAGACAUUAUCUCGAUCCGCAACGCCCGCUUCCAGGGUAAGCAUGGACCAAUGCACGCCAAAUACUCGAUGGAGGUCGGCAAGCCCGAUCACGUUGCCAUUGUCUCCGAGUGGGACGGAACCAAGAAGAAGGUUCGCGCCUGGGAGCAGGGCCGUGAGAGCAAAAAGGUCAAGGUGGAGAGCUUCAAGCUCGACGACCUGCGCAGUGGCGAGGUCAAGAUCUGGCGUGUAAUGCCCCGCAGCUGGGUUGGAUGGAACAGCCCGGCGUCUUAG